UUUGAAAAUAAAAACAUGAGUGAAGGGUUCAGAAGGCAAGUCUCUGGUCCAUUACACACUUCCAGAAAAACUUAGUACCCAGAGACUCACAUUACUGGGAGUGCUAUCUACUCACAAGUGUUGCACUCCAUUGAGAAAAAAAAAAACCAGGAAGUUGCUGUUCUCCUCAGGACUGACCAAGGAGCCAUGAAAUCCCUUACUGUGGGAGACUUAGAAGAUUGCCUACUGAAUAAGGUGGACUUGAGGCGUCAGCAGAUUUCCCAGGCUAUGGAGGAGGUGCAGAAAGUCGUUCAUCAUUUGACCACAAACAUCAGCAACCAAGACAUUAGAUUUCAAGCUGUGCCUUACUCUGACACAUACAAUGAAAAUAUUAAGGUUUUGGCCCCCAGUCAGUUCCUCGUCACAGUCCCAAUAAAAGGCCUGGCCGGGUACAGGGAGGCCAGGGAGCAGCGCUGGCGGUACUACACCCUGCAGGGCACCAGGCUGCCCUGCCCGUUGCGGGACCCUGAGGGUCUGCAGCAGUGGCUGGAGGUGGAACAGUUUAUGAAGAGCCUGUGGCAGUGGCAUGAGACAGAUGUGAACAUCGACGGCGACAUUGUGCCCGCCAAGGUCCUCCUAGUGUUCCGGAAGCUGGUGGAAAAUGCAAUUAGAACCUGUCACCUCUCAGGUAAGCUCAGCAUGCUAGGAAACCGCUCUGCAGUUUGGGUUGCUGUGGAAACAUCCGCAUAUCAGGUGGAACUGGAGCUGGUCCCCGCAGUGGAGAUCCCCACCACCUGGUCCAGGAAAGCCCGGUGGCCUCGAUGUCUGCAGCGCUGGCCUUCCCAAGAGAGAGUGGAGUGCAUCAAGUCGUUUGGGUUUAACUUGUUGGCCUGUUCAAAUUAUCACUGGCAGCUGAGCUUCCUCCGUGCUGAGCAGGUGUUACUGGAACAGCUGGAUGAAGAUGGGGGCUGCCGUAGGAAGUGUUUUCAGGUCAUGAGGCAGCUGAAGGAGGACGUCUGGUGCCCAGGGAACAGGCCGGUCAUCACGUCCCACCAUCUGCAGACUGUGCUCUUUUGGACCUGCGAGAAAUAUCCCCACUUUAAAGACUGGCAGGUUUUCAGCAAAGCGUUUCUGCGCCUGGUGAGAAAACUGCACAAGUGCGUGAGCCAGCACUUCCUGAAACACUAUUUCGUCCGGAACAGCAACCUCUUUCAGUGCACCAACCCUAUUGAACUGGACACUGUGGCCCAAAAGGUGGCCCCCUUCCUGAAGAACCCCCAGAUCGGCCCACCCUGAUGGCUGCCCCAGCGUGGGAGGCUCUUGGACAUUUUAUUCUGGCUUAACCUUGUUCUUUGGAUGGUUCCUCAGUCAGGUGCCAGGAUCCUGCCUAGGAGAAAGGCCACGAAUGGCAGCAGAAAUUACAUCAAACCAGUAACUCUUCAGCAGGGGGAAAACUGUGCCCCAGGAUGUCUGGCCCAAGCCUCCCUGGAGCCUAGCAAGCAUUUCCGCCCCAGCUACCUCUCCUGGAGACAGCUCUCAUCAGGCUUCCCCAGGCACAG